AUGCAAGUCAUACCUUUCCUGGAACCAGGCAGUGUGCACCUUAAAUUGGCCGCAUCCAUUAUUAUGCUGCAUAUAUUCUACAUUUUGGUCUCUCCGAAGUGCAAAAGGGAUGUCCGAGCAUCGAAAUACAAGGAAAAUGACAAUUCGUGGAGCCCGAGUAAUAAACAGAAAAGGAAGACUGUGACUGUGCCCGAGGAAGACAUCGAAAGAACAAGUAAUAGGCAGAAAAGCUUUGGUCGAGGCUGCCAAAGGCAACAUCGAGAUAAUAGAUGA